GAGAGAGAGAGAGAGAGAAGCAGGCUCCCUGCUGAGCAGGGAGCCCAGACCCUGGGAUAAUGACUUGAGCCGAAGGCAGAUGCUUAACCAUCUGAGCCACCCAGGCACCCAAUAAAUAAAAUCUUAAAAAAAUAAAAUGCACAGUCAGCUUAGUAUAAAGAAUGUAAAAAUAUAAUCUCAUUAAUAAUUUUUUAUGUUGAUUACAUGUUGAAGUGAUAAUAUUUUGGAGAUACUGGAUUAAAUAAAAUAUAUUAUUAAAACUAAUUUUAGAGCACCUCACUGGCUCAGUCUUGAUCUCGGGGUCAUGAGUUUGAGCCCCAGGAUGGGCGUGGAGUUUACUUAGAAUUAAAAAGAAAAAAGUUUCAAAAAUGAAAUAAAAUAGGGGGCACCUGGGUGGCUCCGUUGGUUGAGCAUCUGCCUUUGGCUCAGGUCAUGAUCCCAGGGUCCUGGGAUAGAGUCCUGCAUAGGGCUUCCUGCUCAGCGGGGAGCCUGCUUCUCCCUCUCCUCCCCCUGUUUGUGCGUGCUCUCUCUGUGUGUUAAAUAAUCUUUUUUUAAAGGAUUUUAUUUAUUUAUUUAUUUUAUAUUUGUAUAUCGUAGGGACUCAGUAAAUAUUUGUCAAAUGAAUGAAUGGACCCAGAUGGAAGGAAACAUUCUUACCACAAUGCUUCUCCAUGGGAAAGCUGGUGGACAGGGCAGUCUGAUCCUCGUUCCUGGGUUUUGUCUCUUGUUCCAUGCUGUAUCCCGGACACCUGGCCCGCAAGGCACGUUGUCAGCACUAGAAACCUCUGUCCCAGGUGUAGCCCUUGGGCAGUAGCCCCUGUCCUGGGCUCAGGCUUAGCGUGAUGGCUGUGGGGAAGAGGCUCCUGGAAUUCCUUAGAAAUGGAUUCAUGUGGAGGGGGCAGGGAGGUUAUCACAAAAAUCUAGAAGAGAGGAUGAGGCCUCAACAGCAGAGAGACUGACGAGGAGACUGGUCAUUUGAGAAAUAUUUAGGAGGUAAAUCAAGCAGGACAGGUGAUUGAUGGGUUAUUGAAGGGAAGAAAAUUUGCGCACUAAGAAUGAUUCUAAGGCUUUAAAAGAAUUAGUGCCACAACCAUCUCUUUCUGGCUGGCAGGUUCUUCCAGUUUAAAGGGACAGAAAUGGCCACCGACCGACUCCUCUGCCGCCCCAUCCAACUCAUUGUAGGUACCGCCUCCCAUUGCGCACUCUGAGGGACACGCUCAGGGGCCAUGCGGGACGAGGUCCGAGGGGUCUUCACCCGGGAGACCUCUAAGCGCAGUCUCCAGGAAGAACAGGUGUCUGCCAGGGUGGGAGGAGGUGGGCAAAGCCAAUGAGGGCUGGAGGUAAAGCACAAGCAAAGGUAAUAAGACGAAGUAAGAAAUAAGGAAGACGGCUGUCGAGCGGCUGGAGCACAAGGGUGUGAGCGCAGGGACCAGUGUGACGCGCCAGACUUGUCAGCGCGUUGAGACCAUACUGGAGUUUGGAUUCAUGUCCCAGCUACCGGAGAAAGCACAAAACUGCCCUAACUCCCAGGUCAUACCCAGGGUGGGCAGCAGCCGGCAACCCUGGCCGGAGCGGACGGAGGGGGUGUCCCCAGCUAGGGACCUCGAAGUCUCUGUACUCGAAUUCCAGGGAAGCGGCGACUUGGGGCAGAACCAUUCUCGGGAGGUGGAGAGGGGAGGAGAAGCCCUGCACUCGGAACCCGAGCCCACGGAACCGGCUGGAACCGCCAUUCGACUCUGCCCCUUAUUCUGAUUUCUGCGCUCAGCUUCGCCACCAAGAGCUCCCCUCGCGCGCGACCCCCAGUCCGGGGCCUCACUGGUUGCUCCCGGCCGCCCACUCCCGCGCGUGGUAUGGCCCGGCGGGCGCCCACUCGGGGCGCUGGUUAUAAAGGCCCGGCUGCGGCAGCCGACUGCGGACUCAAGAUGCGUCCUAAAGAGUCGGGGUCCGGCUACGCGAGGCACCGGUUCAGACCCCGGGAUCCGGCGGGAAUCACCCUCGCACCCCCACUCGCAGCCAAUCCCGCUCCAGAGCCCUCUGCGCAGUUUGCAGCCGCCCCUGCGCGGGCACCCGCGGCCGGACAGGGAGCAGGAUCCAGAUCCCCUUCCGUCUCGGGACGCCCAGCCGGAGCUCGCCCGACCUCCGAGGCUGGAUCGGCGGCAGGAGCCCCACGCGCGUCCGCAUUCUCAGCCGCCCAGCGGCAUGCCCAGUCCGUGCCCGGCACCUCGGACGCCCCAUGGACCCGCUUCAUAUUCCAGGAGCCCUUUGGUCCCCCGGCCACUGGCCUGGGGACUGGAAAGGCGGCGGGCAUCUGGAAGACGCCGGCCGCCUACAUCGGCCGUCGGCCUGGGGUGUCGGGCCCCGAGCGUGCCGCCUUUAUUCGGGAGCUGGAGGAAGCGCUGUGUCCUGACCGAACCCCACCAGUCAAGAUCACCCAAGAAGAUGUCAGACUGAUGUUAAAUCUGCUAGAGGAGAGAGAGCGGGACCUAAAUACGGUGGCUCGCAUUGGCCAGUCCCUGGCGAAACGGAACAGUGUUCUGAUGGAGGAGAACAGCAAGCUGGAAGCCAUGCUGGGCUCAGCCAGGGAGGAGAUUUUACACCUCAGACACCAGGUGAGCUUGCGAGAUGAUCUCCUCCAGCUCUACUCAGACUCUGAGGAGGAGGAAGAGGAGGAGGAGGAUGAAGAAGAGGAAGAGGGAGAGGAAGGAGAGGAAGAGCAGCAGCAUGAUCAUCCCUAUGGAGCCUCUGAGCCGACUUCCGUGCAGGAGUCCGAGUCGCCGCACUACUGCCCGAAGCUGGAAACCCUGCAGGAGCAGCUGAGGCGGCUGGAGGAGGAGAACGAGCAGCUGCGAGAGGAGGCCUCUCAUCUCGAUGCCCUUGAGGAGGAGGAGCAGAUGCUCAUCCUGGAUUGUGUGGAGCAGUUUUCUGAGGCCAGCCAGCAGAUGGCCGAGCUGUCGGACGUGCUGGCGCUCAGGAUGGAGACCCACAGCCAGCAGCGGAGGGAGGUGGCCCAGCUGCGGACCCAGGUCCUGAUGCUGCGGCAGUGCUGUCAGACGUAUGGAGCCCAGACGGAGAAGUUGCAACGGCAGCUGGCUUCGGAGAAGGAAAUCCAGAUGCAGCUCCAGGAUGAGGUGGCUUCCCAGCUGCAGGACCUGUGGAAGAGGUACACGGAGUGUGGGGGCAUGCUGACUGAGGCCCAGGAGGAGGCGAAGACCCUCCGCCAGCCAGCCCCGGUGUCCACUGGCCCUGUCACCCACUACACAUACAUUGUACCCGUGGAGGCCCUUCCUGGUUUCCAGGAGACCCUGGCCGAGGAGCUCAGAAUGUCUAUAAGGAGGAUUAUCUCAGACCCUGUGUUUUUUAUCGAAAGGAAUCACGGAACUGCUGCAGAGGAGAUGUCACACCUGGGGUACAAGCUGUGCUGCGGUGAGGCACGAGAGCAGGAACGGGGGUUCGAGGCUGAGAAGGGGUUAAUGACAGCAGAGGACUUUGUGCCUUCGGAGGAGGAGGAGCGGGGGGCCACAGAAGAGGGGGUGUCAGCUGAGGAGGGGUUGACAGAAGAGGCGGAGCUGGUGUCGGAGGAGGCUGAGGCCUGGGAGGAGGUAGAGCCGGAGCUGGAUGAGGCAACGCAGACGAACGCAGUGACCUCAACCCGGGCAGCCAGCGGCUUGGGCCCCUCUCACCUCAGCAUGAGGCGUGUCCUCCGGCAGCUGGCUAACUGGCAGGACUCGGGGUACAGGUGGCAGCUGAGGCAGAAGAUGCUCCAGGAAGGUGAGUGCUCCCGCAGGGGCCUCCCUCUGGCCAGCCGGACAAGCUGCAGAUCAUCAAGCCGAUGAAAGGGGAGGGUAGGUGAGCCCCCCAGGUGCUCACUUACCCCGGCCAGGCCCCACCCAGCGUGCUGAUUUGCAUGGACUUUGCAUAUCAUUUCCAUAGGCAGCGGGGAUCUGUGGCCCCCCGGGCUCAUUUAUGUGGAAUUGGCAUAAGAUUCCAGAGCUCUACCCCCUUUUCUCCUGGGAGGCUGGGCUGGGGGUCAAGACCGGGACUGCUGCCCUCCGUUCCACCUGAGCUUCCUGUCUCUGCCGCCCCCAGCCCCAAGGCUCCCCAACCCUGCACCAGUGGCAGCAACAGGCCAAGACAAUGUGGGGGGUGGGGCGGCAGAGCAGCAGCCUGGGGUGCUGACCCAGGACUUCCAGAGACUGGAGGAGGACAGGGCCAACCACUCUCCCAGGGCCUGGGAGGAAGACGGGGGUGUUCUGGGGCCACCCAGGCCAUUGGGACAAAGGCCUCUGCCAGCAAGGGUGGUCGGACCAGUCCCCUGGGUGAGUCUGAAGAUGGGCUAGGGUCUCCUCCAGGGUGGUGGGGGGUGGGUCAGGGUCUCCUUUCCCCAGCUAGAAACCCCAAGGUUUGGGGAGCCACACCUACUGAAUGCAGGCUGCCUUCAGGGAGCUCACAGAGACGCAUUUUUUCCUUUAGUUGUCACACCCUGUAGGUAGGAGUUCUUGUCCCCCUUUGUUAGGUGAGAACAGAGCUAAAGUAACUCGCUGGAGGUCGCACAGCUGGAGUGGAUCUGAGCCUGUUCUGUUCACUGCUAUGCCAUAAUGACUUUCCUGGCCUAUCCCUCCCCUCCGACCCUGUCCUGGUGCCUGCCUAGCCCGCUCAGUCAGCUGUGAAAUUUAGAGCCUGUUGCUAGCCUCACCAUCGUAGGUGGCCUGCCCCCACUCUGAGGGCGCUUUGGUCACUGCUGGGCAGCCUCAUCAGGGUCACCAUGGAAGGUUGUGCAGUUUGUAUACUGAACAGUGACCUCUAUGGCGGGCCGGUGGGCAGCCUGCACAACGAUCAGUCGUGGCUGUCUUUCUCAUAUAGCUGACAAGGCCUCAGCCCCUGCCCACUCUCCAGGCCCCCAGUUCACCUCCACUCCCCUUCUCUUCCAGGCUUUGCUGUGUCCCAGCAGCCUGCAGAGGCCCCACAGACAGCCUGAGGCCCCUCCUUCAGCCACCUGGCCAAGUCCCACCUGCCCCAGAAACCUCCUUCCUGUCCUCCCAAACGGGACCCUCCUGUCUGUCACCAGUGCACCUUCCGUCCUGAUGAACCUGGGCUGGGGCUUGAGGACUUUUCUGAGCUAGGGGACCCCGGCCCUUGCUCUGCAGCGGGUGCAAAAUCUGUGGCGGCUGGGGCUGGAGUCACAUGCUAGCCCAGGGGCUGGUGGAAGCCCCAGGGGGAGGCCUGUCAGCUGCCUGACCAGGCUCUGAGCUGGGCUGGGGGUGGGGCUCGGGCCCUGGUGCAGGAAGGUGUUCUGAUGACCCUCCUGACAACAUGCCCUUGACCCCCAAGUUAAAGGUGGCCCCUGAGUCCUUGCUGACUUUCAGGGACCUGGCCCUCUUCCUCCAUUCUUGGCCCUUCCUUCUUAGUCCCUCACUAUUGUUGGUAACCAAGAGUGUCUCUACGUGUGGGUGAGGGGUCCCUCUGUCCCCUGGGGGCCUCCUCCCCACCUCCCUGCCUGUGGCCCUUGAGUGUCCAGGCUCCCCGCCCAAGUCACUCCCUCCCUGCUGUCCUCCCCUCAGUGCUCCGCGUUUCUUCAUUCCAGAUGUCCUGCCCUUUCCCACUCUUUACUCGUAAACAGCUGGAGUCUGGGGCUUAGGACCCCCGUUGGUCUGGCCCUGCCCCCUGUUGUGCUACUCGCUCUUCUGUUCUUCUGUUGCUUGUCGGCCGUACACCUGCCAGUGCAGGAAAUAAAGGACCUGUGCACUACCUGGCCCGCGCUCCGGUGUCCUUCUCUGGGAGUAUGCGUGCGUGACUGCAGCUCUGCUGGGGCAAAGCUGUGGAGAGACGAUGGGCUCCAAUACGAUGGGCAUCAUGUGCCACGGGCUUUUGUUAAAUACAUGACCUGGUCACAUCAACAACCCCUGUGGAGUGGUGGGUGAUCUGAUAAACAGUUGUCGGAGGAGAAAACAAGCCCAGGCAGGUUAAGUGACCCUCCCAAGGGUCUGAGAGCGAGCUGCGGAACUGGGAUGUGAACCCAAGCUCUCAGACCUCCUGAGUCUGUGCUCAGAGAGACUCCCUUCCCUAUUUUUCUGCUCCAGGGAUUCUGGCCCAGUGCCCUGGCUGUGAGGGGUAAGGCAUGGGCGAGAGUCCCCCACUGUCUUAGGUAGAGGGCCCUCAGACCUGCAACAGCAUUUGAAAACAAGUGGUUUGUUUGGGAGCUCAUCCAGAAAGCAUUCCUGGGGGGAGUGUGGGUGAGGGGUCCCUCUGUCCCCUGGGGGCCUCCUCCCCGCCUCCCUGCCUGUGGAGGAAUUGAGAAGGAAAAGGGUGUGCUAGUCACUGGGGCUUAAUCCUACUGGGGAACUCUGGGAAGAAGUAUAGCCCUUUGGUACACGGGUGUGGUCUGGGUGGACCAGCGUCAUCGGCAUCUCCUGGGAGUUUGUCAGAAAUGCAG